AUGCGGCUCGCCGCACCCAUUCUUCUGGCGGCCGCCGCCGUGGCGCGCGAUACUUUCCACGAGUCCCUCACGCUCCACCCGCUGCCUGAUGGCAAGCUCAGCGUCCUCUUCGAGUACACCACGCAGUUCGACCUGCAUCACGGCGCGGGCUCAACACACCAGAGCCAUCACUCACUGACGCCGCCGGGGCUGCUCCUGCCACUCGAGCGGAACAAUGUCUCUGAACUCACAGUGUCCUUCACGUCUGGCCAGUGGCACGCGCGUCGGCACGGCGAGGCGGGUCCGCUCUCCUACGACGCUGGUGGUGGCGGUGGGAGUGUGCGAGGUUGGCUGCGCGGCUCGCCCGCCGAGACGGACGCCGCGUGGGACGCCGUCACACAUGCAUUUGGCGGCAUGUUCUGCGCGGGCGUCGUCGGCGCCGAGGACUCGGGCGAGGCCGUGCGCACCUUCGGCGAGCUGUAUCCCCCUGCUCGCGACGAUGCCUCCCACUACCUUGUCUCCACACCCCACCUGCACCUCUGCACGGAGAACCUUACCCCUUUCCUUUCACUCCUUCCGAGCAAGGGUGUCUCCGGCCUCUCUGCGCUCCUCGCCAAGCCGGGCGUCGUGCUCGCAUGGGGCUUCAAGACGGAGGGCAUCGACGUGGUGAUGCCGACGGCGGACGCCCCUGGAUCAUGGAAGGGGUGGUGGGAAGGUGUAGUCGACCUGGUACCAAAGCGCGGUGAGCGUUCAUUUACCAUCAACAAGGUUUUCCAGCAGCCGCUGCCGCGGGUGUUCCCAGCGGCUUCGAGCUCAGUAAUCCGGGUGAUCCGACCUCGCGACGACCGGUUCCGCGCAGACCCCGCGCCGCCGCGCACUGUUGAGCGUUGGAUGGACGGGAGGAAGCGGACCGUGGACGAGUGGGAUCUCGCCAAGGUGGCAGGCAAGGACAUGGCAUUCUGGUGGGAUGGUGAAGGGCAAUUCGAGCACCCGCUCUCCUUCGAGCCACCGCUCGUUACGAUCUCUCGCGUUGCGGCGGACCGGAACGCUGCGGACGCCACGCUGGUGGUGGAUAUCGCGAACAACGCCGACGUCGACCGGCCUGCUGUCUACUCCGAGGUGUGGCCGUGGUGGGUCAAGGGCUGGAUGAGCGAGUUGGCCGUCUCCAUCGACAGCGAGGACAGACGUGACCUCCUCCGCGACAUUGAGUACAUACCCUCCGUCCCGCCCACGCCCUCAACGACUACACUGCACCUCCACCUGACGCUGCCAGCGCGCAGCACAUUACGCCUCUCAAUCCCAUUCACCAAGCUCACGCUGAAGUACGACGACCACCGGCCAGACGCCGAGCGCGGGCGCGAGAUCCCGUCCGGCGUGCUGACCCUGCUCGACGUUGAGGGAGAGGACGACGAGAGUGAGGCGGACGUAGACCACCGCCGAUCGUCCCGUCGCCGCGUGUACUCCGCCAAACUGCUUCUGGACGUGCCAACGCCUGACUUCUCGAUGCCGUACAACGUUAUUAUUAUGACGUCGACCGUCAUGGCCGUCUUCUUCGGCUCUAUCCAGGGCCGUCUCGUCCGCCGCUGGGGCUGGGUCGAGACGGGGCCAAGUGAGGAGCCUGUGGUGGAGCAGGUGCCGGAGUCGGAGCGCCUGUUCCCGCCAGGAGAGAAGGCGUCUUACGACAUCUUUGAGGGCGACCUCAACGCCAAUGACACGGACUCGGAUGCAGAAGAAGCGGAAUAG